GGUCGUUGAAACAAAGGCGGGCGACUUUGAGAGGAUUUGACAUCCAUUGACUGAUACAUAUAAAUCAUACUGAACUAGUUAUCACCAUCACACUACUCCUACAAAUGAGAUUUUUAGCAUACAUAUUUGUCUACUUGUUUCAGGUGAUAUAUUCAAUUUUCCGUCCUAUGAUAAAGUAUAUUUCUCGAUUAGUAACAGGGAGGUGUGAACUAAGUCGCAUAAUUGCUGAUUGUCCGAAAGGAGCACCCAGAACUGUCAGAAUAGAAAACGCGCUGAGGAAUUCAAAAAAUAAAUCUAUUCAAAAUGGAUUGCUUUUGGAAAAAUGUGCCGAUGCUAAGUCACAUGUACAGUUUGUCAUUAGUGCUAAGCGUAUUGAUCUAAAAGAUCAACCAAAUUUUCCUACCGAUUAUUUGUACUGCAUCAGCCAAAUCAACUCUUAUCGGGAAUUAAUAAAUAAAUUGGAUGCCUCUAGGUGUACUGCGUUUAAUUCAGAUGAUCACUACCACUCCGAAUUACUUUCAAGGGUAGUUUUUCUCACAAGUGACUUGAAGUUUUGUAGUUAUGGAUUUGUCUUGAUUCUCAAAACGAAUUGUCAUCCCAUAAUGGAGAGAAGUGGACUCUUCUUGGGUUUCAGACGGAGAACCCCGAAACGGAUUUCCGCGGAAUGGGUAUACUGUCUCUUGAAAAUCUUGUGUACUUCGCAGAAUCACAUACGGAAUUAGCGCGAAGUAUGUUAUCGGCAUCACAUCAUCCUAACAAAUGGUAUCCAUUUGCUGUAACUGGUAUCCACUUGACGAAGUUGUCGUACAACUUAAUGCUGAAGGGUUAUCUAAAAUAUCAAUUCUAUAAUAUGUCCUCAUCAGCCAGCAUCCAAGACUUCAACGAGUUUUACUGUUAUACAUUUUAUUCUUUCCACAAAUUCUGGACGAAACACCCUCGUGAUAUAAUGCAAUUCAACAAAUAUUGUGACGAUUUCGGGAAUAAAUUGAAAUGUCGUUUACUGGAUGUAAACUGUAGAUUAUGUUUACCGGAAGAUAAAAAUUAAAUGAUUCACGCGUGGUUAUCUUCCCGGCAUUAGUAAGUAAACCACAAGUUAUGCGGUGAACUACAUGUAAUUAAUGUGGCGCUAACUAUGGUUAAUUAUACCACAAUAUUUGUAAUAUUCACAAGCGUGAUAUCUGCGAGUUUCUUUUCAAUAUUUUAGUAUAAUGCUACUUUGCAAUCCUUUAAAGUGUGAAAUCGACGAAAUGAAAUCUUUAUUUAUUCUGCUCUCAUUUACGUCCCUGUUUUAUUCGAAGGCAUAAUGAAAUCCGGUUAUCCGAAAGCUUACAGUUACAUCUGUUAAGUAUUGUCUUUCUUCUUUCAAUACCUAUUAUUUUAUGUUUAUUUCUGUUCAUAUUGAUAAAGGACAUUUUAUUUUGUAACAUUUGUGAGUUGUUUUAAAUACUUCAAA